AUGGUAACCACGACAUCAUCCUCUACGAUUCUCGUCGGAGAAGAAGGCGUAGUAGAGAUCCAACCAUCAGAGAACAGUACACCAACACAUUCUCAUCGACGGCGGUGGAGCACUCCGAUUGAAUCGGGCGGCGAAUCUCUCCACGAGGGCAUGGAACACAGAGGUGCUGACGAUUUUUAUCUAGGGGGAGAAAUAUCGGCGUGGGGACCGUUUGGACCGCCGUUACUGAAGGAGUCGAGAUCGGUAGCGCCGCCGCGGAUGCCUCUACCGAAGAGGACGGAGGCGGUUGGAGAAUUGAGGAGAGGAAGAAGCGUGACGAGGAAGCGAGAUCUCCCGCCGUUUCUGACGACGCUGGAUUGUAACGGACGGCCGAGAUUCCAUCAUAGGAGGGUGAGAAGCGAAGGACGGUUAGAGAUUGCCAGCGUGGCAGUGAAUAUACCGGAGAUCGUUAGCGUACGUAGAAAGGAAGGACUUAGAAUCGGAACAGUUAGAAUCAGUCAAGAUGAAAACGAACAGAAUCACUGA